AUGAACGAACCAGUGAAGGACGUUAUCGACGACAAGGGCGUCACGGACGUGUACCCCGUCACGUCUCUUCGGGAUGCCGAGGCGGGUGACGACUAUGAUGCCGAGAAGGACGUCAAGGUCGACGUGCACACGCAGCUGUAUGAUGGUGUGCAGCGCAAGAUGGAGCAGAGGCACAUGCAGAUGAUUGCGCUCGCUGGAACAAUUGGAACGGGCUUGUUCCUCAACAGUGGCCGUAUCAUCGCGCACGGUGGACCCGUUGGCGCUCUCCUCGCGUUCAUCACGACAGGCACCAUCGCAUACGGCACACUCAUGUGUCUAGGCGAGAUGGCAGUGUACGCGCCCAUCUCAGGCGGUUACAUCCACUUCGCCGAACGUUGGGUGAACCCUGCGGUCGGGUUCGCCGUCGGUUGGCAAGUGACGGUGCAGUACUGCAUCAGCAUGCCCUCCGAGAUGAUUGCGGCGAACAUCCUGUGCUCGUACUGGGACACUGGCUUCGCAGUGUCGCACCAAGCAGCGUACAUUACCACCUUCAUUGUGUGUGGAAGUCUUGUAAACUACUUUGGUGCGCGCUGGUUUGGAGAGUCCGAGUUCUGGACUGACGGAAGGUUCGCAACCAUGAAGAUCAUCCUCGUCAUCAUCCUCAUCAUCACCUCGCUCGUGAUCGACCUCGGCGGUGGUCCGAAGAAGGACCGCAUCGGGUUCCGGUACUGGAAGGAUCCCGGUCCCUUCGCGCCGUUCUACGGUGAUAACAACCUGGGCUAUUUCCUUGGCUGGUUCACGGAUCUCGUCCAGGCAGCGGGUAGCUACAUGGGUAUCGAGAUGGUGAUCGUGGCCGCGGCGGAGGUACGCAAUCCGCGCGUUGCUCUGAAGAAAGCCGUGAAGCGUCUCUUCUGGCGUAUCCUCAUCUUCUACAUCCUGCUCAUCUUCCUCGUCUCCCUGAUCGUGCGGUACGACGACCCGGAACUCCUCCAGAGCAAGGGCACAGCUGCCUCUUCUCCCUUCGUCCUCGCCAUGAAGCGCGCGGGUAUUCAGGGUCUGCCUCACUUCGUCAACGCAUGUGUCCUGCUGUCGGCGUUCUCGUCGGGCAGCUCGCUCAUGUACUCGGCGAGCAGGAUGUUGUAUGGCAUGGCGUUGCGUGGUUAUGCGCCCAAGUUCUUCGCCUUCACGACUCGGAGAGGUCUGCCGCUUUACGCCCUCAUGUUCACGACUUGCUUCUACCCGCUGGCGUACAUGUCGCUCUCAUCUGGCGCUUCCACAGUCUUCAACUGGUUCUCGAACUUGACUGCGCUUUCCGGUUACGUCGUUUGGGUGAGUACCGAUAUAUUUGAAGCCGAGACUGACGACCAGGCUACCAUCGGUGUGACCUACCUUCGCUUCAAGGCCGGCCUCGCCGCUCACGGCAUCGACCGCAAGACUCUGCACUACGCAAACCGUUUCCAGCCCUUCAUUGCCUACUACGUGAUAUUCUGGGCAGUGGUGAUCUUAACAUUCAAUGGCUGGCAAGUCUUCACGAAGGGUAACUGGGAUCCGUCCGAUUUUGUCAUCGCGUACAUCCCGGUGCCCAUCUUCCUGACCCUUGUCACAGGGUACACGCUCGUGAAGCGGCCCAAGUGGCAAAAGCCGUCCGAGCUUGACAUGUACUCCAACAUCCCGACGGAUGAGCAGGUCGCGUACGAGGAGCCGAAGCCGAAGAAUGCCUUCCAAAAGGUCGUCCAGUUCGUCUUCACGUAA